AUGGGAAGAUCGAGCAUUGACGCCCCCGUCUCGUCUGAACCGAGUCAAGUAUCACAUCCCUCGAUCGCUAAGAAGAAGGAGAAGGAGAAGAAGAAGCUCUUCUUUGCAUUGGAUCGAGGUCUACGAUAA